AUGAGGAACACCACUUGCUACCUGCCCAAUGGCCUCACAUUUAACGUAUCGCCCGUUUUCGGUGGGGUCACCUUCAAGUCUGCCGAUUUCAACGUACAGCACAACUCCACCUUCCCUCCAGGUUGGACGAUCAUUAUAAACACCGAGAAACCUCAGAAACCUCAGAAUAAGGAGAAAGAACAAGACUCAGAAAAUGCUCAAACCCAUUAUGAGGAACAUUUCACCCGCUUCACUACCCCCACCUUGAACCGCGACUCCCUUUACAUCUCGUACAUAGUCAACCCGCCCUCUAGCGACUACAAGCCUGUCACCUCAUUCACACGCCAAAUUGCUAUGAUGCUCUGGGCAACGCUGUGGUGGUACUUUCACGAGCCCGAACCAAACCUGAACGUCGAGACAGCCGCCUCUAGCAUGACCCCACCCAAUGCCCGACCAAAGGGCCAAUGGCGGAUCAACAUCAAACGUGAGGGAAUCUUCAAGGGCCGGAACCUGUUACAGAAGCUCGAGCGCAUGGGUCUAGUCACCACUGAGGACUCCUCCGUAGGCCUGCAGCCAGUCGAGACAAGAGACUCCAGCAGCUGGUCUAAUAUGUUCGUCAGCCGGCGCAGCUUCUGGCAGCUUGAUCCGCGUCUGUUCCUCUUCACGCUCGCACCCCGCGGUACGCCAUCAUCACCAUCGUUUCAAUCCCGCAGCGCCUCGCCCGCCCGCGACGGUCUGCCCGAGGUCACAAAGCUGUCGUUAGCGCCUACAGAAGCCAUGUUUCACACUGCUAAUCUCGCCACAUACACCUCGAUGGGACCGUUCACCUCGAGCAGUCAUAUACCAACAUACUACCCGCCUCCGCCAACUCAAUACACAUUUACUAAUGGGGUACGGCAUCCCAUCCGCCCGAAACCGCCGCACCAGGCCGAGGUGUUCUACGUGCGAUACAUCCCAAGCUUGAGCCAGUAUCUCUCGUUCCGUGUGCCGUUCGUGCCGAUGGUCAAGGGUCAAGCUUCCAACAGCAGUCGGCCAGGGACUCCUGUCAGCUCGACGGUCACAGGGAUCUCACAGCAUCUCGCCGAGGACAUCACGUCGGACGUGGACACAUUACAUCGCUGGAUGAACGUACCCCGAGUAGAAGCAAUGUGGUCAGAGGGUGGUCCGAGAUCCGCGCAGGAGAAAUUCCUAAUCGACAACUUGACUAGCCGCCACAAGUUCCCUGUCAUCGGAUGCUGGGACGGGAAACCGUUUGGGUAUUUCGAAAUCUAUUGGGUGAAAGAAGACCCCCUGGGACGGCUGAUUGACCACGUGGAUAACUAUGAUCGUGGUAUACAUCUGCUCAUCGGCGAGCAGGAGUUCCGUGGUGCGCACCGUGUUGCGAUUUGGUUGAGUGCUUUGGUGCACCACUGUUUCCUGUCAGACAUGCGAACCGAGUCGGUGGUUUUGGAGCCGCGCGUUGAUAAUCUCAAACUCAUUAAUUACCUACAAGAAGCAGGCUUCUACAAAGAAGGCGAAGUCAGCUUCCCGCACAAGCAAUCCGCCGUCAUGAGGAUCAAGCGCGAGUACUGGGAAGGACCGGCCAUAUAA